AUGGCGGCGGUUCCGGUCCAGCUGCCCUCACUGAAGAUGGCAGCAGUGGAGAAACGGCGGCCGGCUGUGGCGCCGGUGGCCAAUUUCACGGACAGCGGCCGGCCGUCGGUGUCCCGGGCAGCGGCAGGGACUGAGAAUGAGGAGGACUUCUUGCGGCAGGUCGGCGUGACAGAGAUGCUGCGAGCGGCACUGCUGAAGGUGUUGGAGGCGCGGCCCGAGGAGCCCAUCGCCUUCCUGGCGCACUACUUCGAGAACAUGGCCCUGCGAUCGCCCGCAAACGGCGGCGCCGGGGAGCCCCCGGGCCAGCUCCUGCUACAGCAGCAGCGCCUGGGCCGCGCGUUGUGGCACCUUCGCCUGGCUCACCACUCCCAGAGGACUGCCUUCAACAACAAUGUCAGCGUGGCCUACGAAUGCCUGAGCGCCGGCGGCCGCAAGAAGAAGCCAGGCCUGGACGGGCGCACCUACAGCGAGCUGCUCAAGCGCAUCUGCCGCGACGGCGAGGCCCCGGAGGAGGUGGUGGCGCCAUUGCUGCGCAAGAUCCAGUGUCGGGACCACGAGGCCGUGCCGCUGAGCGUCUUCCGGGCUGGCAUGCGCACCUGCUUCGUGCUGCUCGAGUUCGUUGCACGGGCUGGCGCCCUAUACCAGCUGCUGGAGGACCCGGCACUGGCCGCGGCUGACCGCCGCGUGGGCCAGGCCGUGCUGGACACGCUGGGGGACGCGCUGCAAGCCGGCGACAGCGGUGCUGCCGCACCCGCACGCUACCUGGAGGCUGGGUCACGCCUCGGGCCUGACAGCCUGGCGCUGGCCAUGGACCGCGCCGUGGUGACUCGGCGUCCCGGCGUCCCCAUGACGCGCGAGGAGUUCCUGGAGAAGGCCGCUGCCCUCUUCAUCGCCAAGGUCAAGCCCGUGGGCUAAG